UGUUUGUUCAAAUUAAAUAUUAGGAAAACUCUGUUAAAAACUUAACAGUCUGGUUGAUUUCUAAAUCGAUCAUUGGAAAGCAAUGCUGUGUUUUUGAAAAUCAAUACAGUAUUUUUAAAAUUACAUAUAUAUUAUUCAAAAUAUCAAUAUUUUCUUAGCCCGCGAGUUUGAGGACGCAAGAGUGUAAGUAAUGGACAUUAUUUCCAGCUCACAGCAGUAAGGACAAUUCUCAUAAAGCAGCAGGUUGUGUUUGGCAUAAACUUUGUUUGUCAUUUCUUCAGUUUCUUUAAAAUUUCAGAAGGUUAUCAGUUCCAGUCCUCCAGAGCAAGCCUGGAUAUUUUUCUGCUGUAAAACAUCUACAAAACCUGAUGACUACAUGCAGAACUGUAUAAACUGUGCUCGUGCAGAAAAGUCACUGAACUUUACUGAUCUCCAAACUUCCAAAAGCAGAACUGUUAAACUGUUGAGCCAAAAAACAGGCUGUAGACUGCAUAACUGUGUUGCAAAUAAAAUAAUCCAGAAAGAGGCAUAAGAACUAAAAACUGUUCUGUUAAAAGUUCAAUUUCUUUGAGGAACUUUUGAGAAUUGUUCAAGAUUAUGGUAGAAUGCCUUUAAGGGGUUAAGGUAUGGAUAAUUAUGGUUAAAGUAUGGAUAAUAAAGGGCUGAUGAAGGGAUGGAUGAUGAAGGGAUGGCUGAUGAAGGGAUGGAUGAUAAAGGGAUGGAUGAUGAAGGUAAAGGUGUAGUAAAGAAGGUAUAGAUGAUUAAGGUAAAGGUAUGGAUAAUGAAAGGAUGAAUAAGGUACGGAUAAUGAAGUUAUGGAUGAUGAAGGUGAAGGUAUGGAUAAUGAAGGUAUGGAUGAUGAAAGUUUGGUGAUGACAAUAUGGAUGACAAUGGUUAAGGUAUGGAUGAUGAUGGUAUAGAGUAGACAAUGAGACAAUGAUGAUUGUAAAGAUAAUGAAGAUAUGGAUGAUGAAUGUAUAGGUGUCGAAGAUAUGGAUGAUGAAAGUAAAGGUAUGGAUGAUAAUUGUGAAGGUAUGGAUGAUGAAAGUAUGGAUGAUGAAGGUGAAGGUAUGGAUGAUGAAGGUGAAGGUAUGGAUGAUGAAAGUAUGGAUGAUGAAAGUAUGGAUGAUGAAAGUAUGGAUGAUGAAGGUGAAGGUAUGGAUGAUGAAGGUGAAGGUAUGGAUGAUGAAAGUAUGGAUGAUGAAAGUAUGGAUGAUGAAAGUAUGGAUGAUGAAGGUGAAGGUAUGGAUGAUUAA